AUGGCGCCUACCGUAUCUCCACUAACCAAGCUCCUCCUGCCGAACUUCGAUUCCCACCUACGAUCCCUCGCUAACACACUUUCAACCACUCCGGGACAGCCGGUUUCGAACCCGACAUCUUCUUUCUGGCUAUCCGACCCCCCGCCAGUGUUCACCCACCAAUCUCCUACCAUCCCCGCUUCCGCAGACGUGGUAAUUAUCGGUAGUGGGAUAACUGGAACCGCCGCUGCUAGAACAUUACUCUCUAGCUCGCCAGACCUGCGGGUUGCCAUGCUAGAUGCCCGUGAAGCUUGUUCGGGUGCAACUGGCCGCAACGGGGGUCAUAUCAAACCUAACCCUUGGGAAGUAUUUCCGGGACUCGCAGCGGCACUCGGGAAAGAGAAAGCGAGAAAAGUGACGGAAUUUCGAAUGGGUGUUCUCGACAAAAUGAUUGCGAUAGCAGAUGAGGAGGGUGUCACAGCGGAGUGUCAAAUUAGAAAGGUGGAAGCGGUAGAUGUAUAUUUUGAUACUGAGAGUUGGGUUACCUCCAGGUCCUGCUUGGAUGUUUAUUUAGAGGAGUUUCCGGAAGAGACCGGGAAAUGGAGGACGUAUGAGGGAGAGGAAGCAAGGCAGGUGAGCACUCGACUGCUGUGUUUCUUUGAUGAGCGGAUUGGUCACAUUCCGGGAGCUUGGCGCGCUCUAUGGGUUUGCCGAAGGUGGGUGGAUAACGCGCAAGGUGUUCGUUAUAAUAUAUGGGAUAGAUCAAGGGUUGAAUGGGCAGGUCGAGCCCCCUAGUCCACCACAUCUUGAGGAUAGCCACCAUAUCAUGGCUGUGAGAUGGAAUUUUGCGCUGUGGUAGUUGACACAACCGGUGGCGAUGCCCGAUACCGAUGCUACAUAGUAUCCCCUUCUUCGUAGAUGGAUUAGUUUUCAACCAGAACUUCGCCAUUUCGAAUCUCGGAUGUGACCAGAUCCACAACCCCCACAACCCUCCUGAACCCAUUUUCACAGCCAACUAACAUUCUCAGAAAUUCUCCACCCCCCACGUCAAAGGCAUCAUCACUGGCCCCGCUGGUGCCCUUUGGCCUGCCCGGCUCAUCCACCCAAUCCUCGCCCGCCUGCUCUCCGCGCACCCUACCUUUACGCUUGAUACCUGCACCCCUGUUACAUCUAUCACCCCUCCAGAUUCCACCACAUCAUCUUACGUCGUGCGUACCCCGCGGGGAGAAAUAAAGGCAACUCACAUCCUCCAUGCAACUAAUGGCUACACCGCAAACCUCCUCCCCGGUCUCACGGGAGCGCUACUCCCGAUCCGUGGAACCAUGACAGCGCAAUCCCCACCUCCAGAACGCCACUUCCACGCGCAUAGGAGCUGGCAGUUCUCUUGGGAACAAGGCUACGAUUACCUGACCACACUCCCUGACCGAACAGUAAUGUUCGGCGGGGGUCUUCGUCAAGCGCUAAGGACCGAAAUUGGAACUGUUGACGAUAGUGUUGUUGAACUGUGCACCACUAUCCAUCUCUCUGGCGUCCUCCCGGCUAUCGGGCUGGACACCAGGGUGCAAAAGAUAUGGACCGGCAUUAUGGGAUUCUCCGGCGAUGUGCUUCCCUGGGUUGGUGAAGUGCCGCCGGAGAUCUCCGGACGCCAGCAAGGUGUUGGGAAGGAGUGGGUGGCGGCGGGGUAUACAGGGGAUGGAAUGUGUGCUGCGUGGGGAGCGGCGGAGGAGGUUGUAGCUAGGAUUUUGGGGUUGGAAGGUGGGAUGGGGGUCAUUAAGGAGAUGGAUGUUACCGUUGAGAGGGUUGAAAAUGCGAAAAGAUUGGAAGGACUGGUGGGGGUUUUCUUUGGAUGAGAGGUUGGAUGGGGCGGUGGGGGAGUUUUGAUGGCGCAGGGGAUACCUGUUUUAGUCAACGAUUGUUGCCAUUACUA